AUGGCGACGCCAUCAUCCAAGCCGAACCCCGGAGCAACACCGACCUACCUGACUUCGUCGCCUCGUCCUGCCGGAGCGCAUCCGGCCCGGCCCAUUGCGCACAAGUCGCCAGCGGGGAGAACACCUUCAAUCUCCGGACCGGGCGGACAUAUCCAGCCUCCGGCCACCACCAACAGUAGCAGCAACAACCCCACCUCGGCGCACCACUAUGCCACCCCUCUCGCAGCGACCACGGGCGCCGACGACCCCGUCACCUUGAGCUCGCCGUCGGCGCUGCUCGCGCUCGGCGGCUACAGCGGGAUCAGUCCGUCGCCGGCAGGAAACGACGGCCUGGUGGGCGCGGGGAUGAACGACAACGAUAUCCAAGCGCUGGGCAUGCAGGGGCUGAAACUCGGUGGUGGCGGCGGCGGUGCCCGCGACAAUGACGAGGAGCGGAAGAGGCAUAUUGAGGAUGUGGUGCAGCUGCUGCGGACGCGCAUCGCGGGUCGCGGGGUCUGCCGCGAGGGCAUCGAGCGGUUGGGCCAGCUCGAAGGCUUCGAAUCGAUCUGGCAGGAGGACAGUCUCAGUAUCGCGGGGAACUUUGUGGACCUGGAAAUUGAGUUCCAUCGCGGCCAUAACGUGGUCAAGGAUGUGAGCUUGACUUAUGUGACGCCUGAAUCGACGGAUGGUGGGGAGCGGCGCGAGGAGGCCACGGCCGUGCUGAAGCGAGACCUGAUACAGUCGCCCGAGGACGGGGAGCGCGGCUCGUGGAAGCCCUUGACGGGGUUUCAUGAGAAUCUGCAGUGGCUGGCUCGUCAUGAUAGGCUCAGUCAGGAGGUUAACUGUUUCGAGGCGAUUGAGGGCCUGUAUGAAAGCUUGAAGCGGGUAUGGGAUGCGGAGUGGGAUCGCCGCAAGUUUCUGGGGGUCUACGAUCAUCUUUGCAGUGGCUGGGUUGGUCGGCCGUGUCUGCAUAAGGGGGGUCGCGUGGGGCUCAGUCUUGACUACUGGGUGCAGCAGGCUCGGGUACUUGAUGCGAAACAGGCGAGACAGAAGCAGGUUUCUGCAGACGAGAUGGCAGUCGAUCAGCCAGCGGAACAGGAAGAGGCUGGACGGAAGGGCAAGUGGAGUGUUGUGAUUGAGUGCGAGGAAGGCUAUCCAUCGCUUCGUGUGUCGAAAGAUUGGGUUGCGUCGGAGGUUCUGACAUCAAUCAACAGUGGCGGUGAUGGGCCAUCCUCGAGUGAGUCGGUAGGUUCUCAAGAAGUGGUGGUCAAUUGGGCUGAACCUCCUGAAACCUCGAUCUCAGCCACGCAAGGCGACUCGGAUGCCAUGGCGCUCGACUCGGGCAUGCUUGGCUCAUCUGCGCCCAACCGCCGCUUUGUGGCUAGGAUGGAACCCCCUCUGGACCUGCCCAUCCUGGCAGCGUCAGAUAUCUAUCGCCAUCUCGGCAUGCAGAUGCCCCAGGAGUUCAAGAUGGUAACCUAUGACGGGUUGCUGGCUCCUGGCUGGUCACCUUUGUCGGCAGCCGGUGCAAUGGGACUGGGGCCGGAAGAAGCCUCCCAGCUUGGUCGCAGAAGCCGCAGGAUGUCGCUCCAGACUAUUGACAAGGAUGGUAACCCUUGUACGAAGCAGCAUUGCUACACGUUCCAACCGUUUGAAUCUGUUGCAGGCCGGACUAUGAGAGACUUCCCCUUCUCACACCCAAGACAGCUUGCAGACAUACUUCCGAUCCUUCGACAGUACGCAUUCUUGGCGAACCUGAUCCGUAGCAUUUUUACCACCACAUCUAAACCUGACAACGACAAACUCCACGCCCAAGAAGAUUUGUCCAGAGGACUUUUCAACCCCUCGAAUUUCAACAGAUCACAGAUGUCACGGAAAGGCGACAUCAUCAUUCUCAGCAAUGACGAUCCUAACGAGAAGAAGUUGAACUCUUUGCUCGGGGGCUUGGGGCGAGGGGGUGCUCAUACCGCGGGCAAGGGGAAGGGUCCUACGGACGGAAGCUCUGACGAAGACUCGACCACCGAAGAUGACGUCAAAAUAGACGUGACACUGCGCACGCAGCUUGGCCAAGCCCCGGUCAUCAUGCUCCUGUUCACUGUGGACCACUCCGACGGAGAAUCAGUACGAGAUCAGGAGCUCCAUGCGCUGAGUAAAGUCUCAGUCAGUCUCGAAGUUGGACUCAACGGGCGCGUUGCCAUCAUUGAUAUGACUGGCCUGCUUGAUGAUGAAAACGACAAGGCGGACAAGGCGGACACUCAAGCAGCCGACAGUUCUGGUAACGAGCUACUAGAACUGCAAAAGACCAUCGCGCGGGUGUUGGAGGUUUCGCAAGACCUGGGGAUUCUGGUAGAGUGGGUUCUGAUGUGGCCGGCAGCUGAAUCAACCACCAUCUCCAACACGGAGAAUCUCAUGAAGUACAUGUCCCUCGACCAGCGGGGUAACAUUCAGGCCGAAUACAUCUGGGUUGACGCCACCGGUGGCUGCCGUUCCAAGACCAGGACCCUGUCCAAGACCGUCAAAUCCGCUGACGAACUCCCCGAAUGGAACUUCGACGGCUCUUCCACCGGCCAGGCUCCUGGUGACAACUCCGAUGUCUACCUCCGCCCCGUUGCUAUCUACCCCGACCCCUUCCGUCUCGGUGACAACAUCCUCGUCCUUUGCGAGACCUGGGACUCCGAUGGUACCCCCAACAAGUUCAACCACCGCCACGAGGCUGCCCGUCUGAUGGAGGCCAACUCCAAGGAGGAGUUCUGGUUCGGUCUGGAACAAGAAUACACCCUCCUUGGUAACGAUGGCUGGCCCUACGGAUGGCCCAAGGGCGGUUUCCCCGGUGCCCAGGGUCCCUACUACUGCGGUGUCGGAACCGGCAAGGUCUACUGCCGUGACAUUGUUGAGGCUCACUACCGUGCUUGCUUGUACGCUGGUAUCAAGAUCUCCGGUAUCAACGCCGAGGUCAUGCCCUCGCAAUGGGAGUACCAGGUUGGCCCUUGCCACGGUAUUGAGAUGGGUGACGAGCUCUGGAUGUCCCGUUUCCUCCUCCACCGCGUCGCUGAAGAGUUCGGCGUCAGAAUCUCUUUCGAGCCCAAGCCCAUCAAGGGUGAAUGGAACGGCGCUGGUCUCCACACCAACGUCUCUACCGCUUCCACUCGUGCUGACGGUGGCAUGAAGGCCAUCGAGUCCUACAUGAAGAAGCUGGAGGCCCGCCACGUUGAGCACAUUGCCGUCUACGGUGAGGGUAACGAGGAGCGUCUGACCGGCCGUCACGAGACCGGUAACAUCGACAAGUUCAGCUACGGUGUCGCUGACCGUGGUGGCUCCAUCCGUAUCCCCCGCCAGGUCGCCAAGGACGGCAAGGGUUACUUCGAGGACCGCCGUCCCGCCAGUAACGCCUGCCCCUACCAAAUUACCGGCAUCAUCGUGGAGACUCUUUGCGGUGGCAUCUAAGUGCGUUAGCACCUUACUCAAAAUGUGAACAACAUUUCUUCUUAGCGCUCGUAUACCCUCCGGCGUCGACAAGGAGUCAGAUUGCAACGCGGCCUGGUCAUGUGAGAGCAACUAUAGAAUUUCGCUUUUCUUCUUUUCUCUCUUCAUGAUGGUACCUCGGGGUCUUUUUACAUCCUCUCUCGUGCCAGCGCCUGUCGUGCAUUCGUUGUCCUGGUUGCUGGUCUUGCAUUUAUUCUUUUCUUACCUUGGGUUAUGUGUUACGUAUGGCAUAGAGGACUGAAUCUCGGAGGAGAAUCCGACAGUCUUUUGAAAUUGAAACUGGGGAUGAACUGGAAGGAUCAAAUAGCUUUAAAGGCCGGUUAGCACGGUCAGUAUUAUAGUGUUCGAAUAAUCAAUCGUUGAGAAUACAUCCUCGGGAUGUUGACAUAUCAAGCAAGC